AAAGGAUUCAUUAUUAUUUCGUUUACUGAUAAAAUUUCAUAAGUAAAAUGCCACUUGUAGAAAAACCUCAAUUGCUCUACAAUGAAACGAGUUUACCUCCAAACAGAGAGAUUUUCAUAAAAAAGAAAGAAUGCUCUUUCACUGUUAUGCUCUGCGGUAGCUCAGGAACCGGCAAAACUACUUUCUGCAAUACUCUGUUUUCUAGCUUGGUAAAGCCUCCCAAAACAGACGAUAACUUCGGAAAGGAGCACAAGCAGAAGGAAGUUCAAAUAGAGAAGACGAAAGCUAUAAUCGAAGAAGAUGACUUUCGACUCAACCUGACGGUUCUUGACACCGUGGGCUUCGGGGACUUCAUAAACAAUAAGGAUUGUUGGGAUGUAGUAACUGAAUACCUAGAUGACCAGCACGAGAAAUACCUAUUGCAUGAUCAGCAGUCAUUAAGAAUCCAGAGAAAGGACAGCAGGGUUCAUGUUUGUCUGUAUUUCAUUAAACCAGUUUCUUAUGGUAUGCUUCCAUUAGAUGUCGUAGCGAUGAAAAAACUAUCGAAGCAUGUAAACAUUAUCCCCGUCAUCGCCAAGGCUGACUCUUUAACCAAAAAUGAAUUGGACAGCCUUAAAGGAAAAAUAAACAGGAUCUUACAGGCUCAAAAAAUUGAUUUAUUCUUCCCUUCGGCUGUGUACUCUGCUGAUGAAAUAGCCAGAGAUCUUUCACAAGCCUGCCCAUUCGCAAUUGUUGCAACCACGGAAGCUGCAAACCGUAAAAACGAAGGGAAGAUUGGUCGAACUUAUCCUUGGGGAAUGUCAGAAAUUGAGAAUAAUGAUCACUGCGACUUCUUAAAGCUGAAGGACCUAAUUAUAAACAAUCAUAUGCUUGAACUGGUACAAUCCACGGAAAAAGUGAUUUAUGAACGCUAUCGCCAGGAGCAAUUAACAAACCGAAAAAAUGGUAUCCCAAAGCUUAAUAAAGCUCACUAUGAACGCUUAAACGAGGAAAAAGCAUUUAUCCAGAAGAAAGUUGAAGAAAUGUCGAUGGAGCUCGAGAAUACUUUUAAGGAGAGAGAAGAAAAACUUACGGUUGUUCGUGAUGACUUGAAUGAGGAGCUUGCUGAGUACCAUGACAAAGUGCGCGUUCUUGAAACUCAACUAGAUGCACUUCGAAAUUAUAAGGGAUCGAACCUAAAGAAAUAAGUGAGAGUUUUUAGAAAAUUCCUAAGGAUAUUAUCAGUCAAAUAUCCUAUCCUUCUGGUUAGACACCUCUGAUGUUUUUACAGAAUCCGACGCUCUAAGAGCACAAUCACAAGAGUAUAGCAGUAAAUUUGAGUUUUUAUCAAGUAAUUCUUUCAGUUUGUAUUUCAUAUUAAUUUUCGCACUAUUAAGUUUCCGAGAAGUACCUAAACAUACAACUCUAUCAUGUCGAACAAAAGAAACGGUGUGAAAUAUAUAGCUCUCUUUUUUCAAUCUAAAAUUUUCUUCUUCUUUUAUCUCUAUUU